AUGGCCACGGAAAGCAGUUCAAAGCGUAUGAUCCUCGUCAGCGUGCCCCGCACUGCGUCGAACCUUCUCUUGAAGAUUUUGAACAUCCCCAAACAACCAAAUUCCCAAGGGGGUUACUUCUUCUACAGCGCUUUUAUGACAGCCGGCAAGAACGGCCGUCUCGGCAAACCCCUCGGCGAGUGGACCACAGAAGAAAAGACCGAAGUGCGCGAGGCCUUCCAGUAUGCUGUGGCCGAUCUGGAAGAAUACACUGCUCGCGCACAAGCCGAGAACAAGAGGAUGUUCGCCAAAGAGCACGCCUUUUGGUUCUUGAACCCAAGCUUCUUCUCCGGCAUGACCCAUGGUACUGUCUCCGACGAAGACAUCAAGAGCUUCCAAGUCACCAUGCCCGAAUCUUACGGAUCUUCGCAAUCCUUCUCCUCUAACAACAGCACCGUCCUGCCAGACGAAUACCUGCGCACGUGGCAGUGGGCCUUCAUCAUCCGCCACCCAGCUCUGGCAUGGCCCUCGCUGUACCGCGCGAUGCAAAAGAUGUGCAAAGCUGGGUUCAUCGAAGAUGACGAUGCGAAGGGAGUGAGCCUGACGAAUAUGAGCAUGAAAUGGACGCGCAAGAGGUUCGACUGGUGUCUCGAGCAGCCAGAUGCACCUAUCACGCCACUUAUUAUCGACGCCAAUGAUGUGAUUCACAACCCUGCUGCCGUGAUCAAGUUCUGCGAGCGAGCGGGUCUGGACACCGCCUCUAUGCAGUUCGAGUGGAAGAGUAACGAGAAGAAGUCUGACACUUGGACCCCUGAUCGUGCUAGUGGGGAUAAUCCUCAAGAGUUGGCCAGGCAGAAGAAGGCGGCUUCUAUUAUGUUGUCAACUCUUGAAGGAUCCACCGGUAUCAACAAGGAGAAAGCCCCGACUGAGGUCGACAUCGAUGCCGAGGUUGCAAAGUGGAAGGUCGAGUUUGGUGACGAGGUUGCUGGUGCGCUUGAAAAAGCUACUCGGGAUGCUAUGCCUGAUUAUGAGUACCUCAAGGCGAACAGAGUCACGGCAUAA